CCCAUUGGAAAUAAAGUGAGGAGAAAGAAAAGAGAAAUGUGACCGAGAUGGGGCAGUUGGCAGAGGAAGGAAGCUGAUAAAAAAAAAUGAGAGAGAGAACAAAGAAAUCGCGACCAAGAGAACAAACUGUGGAGGCAGCUUUACUUUUUGGGCUGUGGAAAAAACUUCCAGGGCAUCUCAGUCCCUGGAAUAACAGGGAGCAGUCUGCAUUGUUGCAAAGGGCUUGCAAAAGGAGCAAAUAAUCUUGUGGCUGCUGCCCAUACUGAAGGGAAAAAGGGAUUCUGUGAGCAAGAGCAAGGAGGAAACUGCCUGCCGGAGACUGCAACAUUUCUGUAGCAAAGUGUGCUCCAAAGUUCUCUCCAGGAUCCCCUGGGCUGCAGCUCUUGGUGGGGAGAACCCCCACCCAGGAAGGUUGCCCUAGCUCUCCCCCCUUGCCCCUCCCACGCAUGCUUUGGGAUUAUAGGUCAUUUUUGAACAAACAACAAAACUAGCGGAUUUCAGAGUGAAAUUCCGGAGGAAAUUUAAAGAGCAUCCGGAUCCGGAGAAAAAGAGAGAGAGAAAGAGGAAGGAAAAUAUAAAUAAAAACGUGGAGUGAAUCUAAGGCAACCAAAGAAGGGACGAGGAGAAAGAAACUGACACUGACGUGGAGAUGGGGAAAUGAAUCACUGAGGAGACCAAACCAAGAUCUAGGAAGCUGCUGGAAGACUGAUGCAUACUAACUUCACUAUCUAAUAGUCUGUCCAGCCGUUACUAACCAAUGUCAACAACUAGGAUGUAUCAGCUCGAAUUCAAGUUCACCCGCUCAGGCUCCUGUCUGCAAUGGCCAGUGCCUGAGGUUUUAAAGGAAUUCCGAAAAAGACCUCGAGCCCUAAUGCACCUGGCCUAUUGUGUCACAGAGACAAAUGCCUUCCUGCUGUGCUCAAGUCAUGUCCUGAAGCCUGAGAGCUGGGUUUAGCUUGUAUAUUACUGGUCAUAAAAUCCAGCCCUGGCUUGUGGCGCGCCAGCCUUCUGCAGCAGCUGAUUCCAUGCUCUGGCUGUGGGAGCAGCCGAUCUUCAGCACUCGGGCCCACGUUUUUCAGAUCGACCCGGCCACGAAGCGGAACUGGAUCCCUGCCAGUAAACACGCCCUGACUGUCUCUUACUUCUACGAUGCCACGCGCAACGUGUACCGGAUCAUCAGCGUGGGUGGCACCAAGGCCAUCAUCAACAGCACCAUCACCCCCAACAUGACCUUCACAAAAACUUCCCAGAAGUUUGGACAAUGGGCAGACAGCCGAGCCAACACAGUAUACGGGCUGGGCUUUGCCUCGGAGCAGCACCUCUCCCAGUUUGCGGAGAAGUUCCAGGAGGUGAAAGAAGCAGCCCGUUUGGCAAGGGAAAAAUCACAGGAUAAAACGGAGCUGACCAAUCCUGCCCUGAACAUUACGUCUCACCAGGUGCUGCCCAGCACCGUCAUCAGCUCCAAUGGGCCGGGAGACGAUAAGCUGUUCCGGAGCCAGAGCGCCGACGUCGAGAUAACAACGGAGAAGGAGCGGCUGAAGAAGAUGCUCUCCGAAGGCUCGGUGCCCGAGGUUCAGUGGGAAGCUGAAUUCUUCACCCUCCAGGACAACAACAACAAGCUGGUGGCUGCCCUUCAGGAAGCCAACGCCAGCGUGGAGCAGUGGAAGAAGCAGCUGGCUGCGUACCAGGAGGAGACAGAGACGCUGCGGCUGCGGGUGGCUGAACUGGAGCUGCAGAGAGCCCACGAUUCCUCCAGUGAGGGCAGCAAGGAGGAGCUGAACCAGACGCUGGAGGAGCUGGAGCUGCUGAUCAAGGCUAAAGACGAGGAAAUUCAGCAGCUGAAGAGCCAGAAGAGCAGCCAGUGGGAGACGGAGGGGGAGCGCGAGGAAAUGCUGCAGAAGCUGCAGGAGCUGGAGGGACGCAACGCGGAGCUGGAGCGACGUUUGCAUGUGGCUGAGCAAACCCUGGCCGAGCAGCUGGCCGAGAGGGAGAAGAUGCAGGGCGAAGUCACCAAGGUGGGCGAGCUAAUGGAUGUGAAGAUAUUUGAGCUCAGUGAGCUCCGGCAGGGACUUGCCAAGCUGGUGGAAAGCAACUGAGCAGCCCUGGCCACAGAGACACCUUCCGGGAGGGGCAGAGCCCAGCUGGGGUCAGUCGCAAACUGCAGCAGGGCCGUGGAAUUGGGACCUGGGCGGGGUCCAGCCACAAACCAACAGCCGCCUGCAACUGUGUGUGGAGACUGGCCAGAGCUGCCUGCUGUCCAUUGAGGGCAGACGUGGUGCCAGUGGGCAGCUGAACUGUGGGGGGUUUCCACCCAAGGAGUGUCCAUGAGUCAUGUCCAGACCUCUCUGGAUCCUGCCCGGCGGCGUGGCCCAGAGGUGGCAGGGUCUCCCCAUGCUGCUCAGUGACACUACUCUCCUGGCCUCACUCACUAACGCAUUUCCCUGACAUCUUUACAGAAGGAAACACUCCUAUUCUAGAGACAGGGCUCACCUGCCUGCCCAUUCUUCAGUAGUUUUUAUAGGGAACCGCUUGCUUCUUGUGAACCAAACUGCCUGGCUCCUCCUUCCCAGCCCCAGGAGGCGAUGGCCCAUCACACCAUGGGUGGUAGCUGCUCCUUCUCCCCCUUCCCAACCGUACUCAUGUCCCAUCUUUUUAAUAGACUCUGAUCACUUUUUAUUCACUGUCAGGGGCUUCCAGGACCCCCAGGGGCAGGAACAGCUCCUCACCUGGCCCCAUUCCUCUGUGGCUGCCUGGUCACACCCUCCAGAGGGGAAUAAGUUGCAGGAUUUCAAGAUGUUUUUUAUUUUAAGGCAGUGGGUUUUCGUACCUUCCAAAGCUGCUUUAAGCUGGGAGGAGCAGGCAGUGCUGUGGAGAUUAGGGUUUGAGAAACGGGAUAGCUUUGGGGGGGGGGGAGGGCAUCUGUCCUGGCUCCAAGGGCUGUCACUCACCUGAGUUAAAUGCAGCAAAUCCCAGGUGCUCUUGUUGCCUCUUGGAAAGCAUGGUCCAGGGAUAUAGCAGGCCACACGAGCCACAUGGCCUCUGGAGGGUGCAGGCCCCCAUGCUAUGCUCCACCUUGAGCUGCACAGCUGGAUGCAGCUAGGACGCUGGCUGUUUGGAGCACAUUGGGCCUGGGCUCCCUAGGGGCUGCGGGACAUUUGCGGGUCCUUAUGGAUGUUGCCAAAUGAUGUAAAUCCAACAAGGCCUGUAGGAGGAAGGGCUGUUACACCCCUCCACCCCCACCACCCUGGGCCCUGUGGAGCCCACUAGUUGCGUAGUAGCAUGUUUAGCCUGUGUCUAAUGAGGAAGCAGCGUGUGUAGACGUAGCCGGUUACCCAGAGGGUCCAGGGCCGGAUCUGUUUUUUAUUUUUCUCCUUGCUGCCGUAGGUGUAGUGUAGACAGACGUAAUAACUGGAGAAUGUUUCCAUGGACUUGUAAAGAUGCUGCAGAAUCUGCCUAAAACUCCAGCAACCCCAGCAGCCAAAUCCUGCCUUCUGCCCACAGGGUCAGAUCCUCUGUCUGCGUGUACCUGGGUGAAAAGCGUAACUCAGGUGGGGCUGAGCCGCCUCUCGCUCACGCCCCCAGCACGAGAAGAGGUUUCAGUGUGAAGCUGAUGUGAAGGGAAGUGAUUGCUCUGAUUUCAGUGGAUCUGCCAUUGCACCUAACUGCCUCAGGGCUCCCUUGAACCCCAGCCCCUGAAUACCCCUGUGUAACUGAGACAGGUAUUUGGCCUGUUGCUUUCCGUAAGGGCAGGAGCAAGCGCCAGGGAGAUCCUGAAGUAGGUGUCUAGGUUAGGCUGGCCCCCAACCUCUCUUUCAAAGCUUAGGAGUUGUGGGGAAAUGUAGAUUUCUGAACCUGCGCAGCCAGGAGAAUUUUUUUGCAUGAGCUGCUCCCACGCCUGUGUGGGGGCUAGAGCUAGCUGUAACGUGUGCCGCCCGCAGGGUGUUCACUGUGUGUGGGGGGGAGACAAGAAUGGCCGGGGGUACAUGCAGCCCUGGGUUCCGGGUCCGGAGGCAACCGUGGCCCCCUUGGAAAAUAAGAGAUCAGCCGCAGGAAAGGUGCAUUCACUCUGGUUCCGCUACCGGCGCUUGGUUAAGGAGGCAUCUCCCCUGCACGUUGUCAGCCACUCACCCACCCCCGGGUCCUGUCUGUGUCUCACACCACAUGCAAACGACCAGGAGAAGGGGCAUGUUAAAGGGGCGGGGUCUGACUUCCCACCACUAUGUCCUCCAUGUCUCCCCACCCAGCCUCUCGCUACCGUGUGGCCGGUGGCGAGAUGGGAGUUGCCCAGCAAUCGGGGCCGGCUGAACCGGCUUGAGCAACAUCCCAGGCUGAGUCAGCUCCCUCAAGCUGAAAGACGGGGAGGUGCCGAGUGGAGCAGGACUGAUUCUGAGUGGGAAUGGAGCUGACACAAGCCACAGCAUGGCGCUCAGCUGAGACUGCAGCUCUGCCCGGUUCCUACCUGCCUUGCCCACCUGUGCGCUUGCUAGCCCAGACUUGUUGCUGGCAGCAGCACUGUCAUUAGCCAGGGUUUGUAAUGACCCUUUACAUCUCGCAAGCACAGCCCCAGUCACUCCCGGUGUAACGCCCUCAGCCCUCCAGCAGAGGCUAAUUUGGCUCAUUGACUGACUGAAGUCGGGAGUGUGGCAGGGGCUCCACUCACGCAGUGAUGUUACAAACACACGGACAGGAGCCAUGUGCAUGGCAAACCCUGAGCUCCAGCCUGCACUUGGCCUAGCUUUCCCCACCAACCACGGCGCAGGAGUCAUUUGUCUCAGGGUCACACUCCAGCCAGGACCUGAUUGGCUCUGGCCUGCUUCCCUUGGCCGCAGCUGCUGCUGCUUUCCUUCCUUCUGUCCUGUAGAGACGCAGCGCCAUGCACUGAGUCACCGCUCCUCCGCAUCCAGCUGUGUCACGGGGAGCCAGGACACUGAACAGCUGGGCAUGGUGAGUCAUGGCCAAGGAGCUGACCGAAGGCAGGAAGGGGCAGGCUCUGCCCUGUCUGCCUGCGAGGGGACGGGAGAAUAGGGCCCUAGAACUUGUUAGCUUGCUGAUUUAAAACCAUGUGAUGUUAAGGCUGGGCCCUGAACCAACCAAAUCUAUUCUGGGGGCCGAGUCCCCAUUGUACCACCAUACCCCCGCAGGAGCCUGAGGCUCUCAGACACCGAGGCUCCAGUUUAAACGAGGCAGGUUAACAGAAAACCCCUCAUGCUCCAUGUAAGGACACACCCUACGCUCCUCGACUGCCAGGAGCUGAUGGGGCACAGCCCCUAGUCAUGACCCAGCAGCAAGACGAUGAUCCCAUGAAAGGCAGGCCACCAACAUGCAAACAUGCAUGGUUUGAUUGAAUGCUGCUCCUCCGGGGCUGACAGGGCAGAGGGCAAUGGGGCAGGGCAUGGCGCCCCUCCUGGGGUUAGCCAGCUCAUCUCCAUCUGAUCUCAUUGAGUGGGCAAUGCCUGGCCCUGGUUUGGAGGUCUGAGCAGAGUCGGAGGCGCGGUGCUUCUCCAGCAUCUCACUGCCUGGCGAAGGCACCUCUUCUGGUGCGGCAUUGCCCAAGAGCAGCUGGCUACACCCAGGGUCCCAGCACAAGUCCCUGCCAAGCCUGGCUCAGCCCCACGACUGCCGCAGCAGCCAUGCUGCAGUGGGCGAGGCUCCGGGCUGGCAUGUGAUGCUGAAACAGCACCAGCCCCACCUGCCUUCCAAGAACUCUACACUGCUGGUGCCACGUCCAGCAAUCCAAUCCAGGACGUAGCACCGCCGCCCGGGUGCAACCGGGGCUCCCGCCACACAGACCAGACCAGGGCAGUGGGCUGGGGCUUGUUGGAGUGGGGUGUUCCCUCCACACUGCUCACUGCGGGGUGUCCCCUCUGGGCUGGUGGGGAGCAGAAAGCCCUGAGCUGCAGCUGUUAGAAAGAGUUCAGUGGGUUUCCACACGACCAGCGUACAUUUUGGCCAUGACAUCACGACUCACUUCCUCACCUGCUCCUGGGGACACCCCUGCCUUGCAGACCCAGCGACCCAGCCUGCAAGCUGCAAGUCCCCUGUGGGACGGACCUGUCAGCAUCCAGGUGGGGCAGGCCUGGGACCGCACUGCCCCCAGAGAAAUGAGCAACCCCAGGGUGCCAAUUCUCCCUUGCUGUGACACUUGUGAGGGUGGUGCCGUCGCCCCAGGCAUGAGCAUGGCCCAGCAUACAUGCCCCAUGAACCGAUUUACUUCCUCUCAAUCUAAUUCUCUAGCCGUGGACGCCUCUGGCUGAGUUGCCCAACUGCCUCCUCACUAGGGCACGUCCGCAGCCUGUGCUCCUGCCCUUGUCUGCCUCGGGGCCAGCAGGGUUUUGGGGGGCGGCGGGGGGCAUGCGGCACACUGUACAGUCGACCUUGGCCAGCCUGUGCUAUGCCACUCUGCCCUCCAGUUGUUCAGGACCCAGCAAGAGCGCAAGCCAGUUUCCGUUAUGCUCUCAUUUCCCCACGGGUGCUAUUUGCAAUUGCCAGAGUAAUCUGGAAGAGCAGCUUUUCAAUCUGCUCUGCCCUGUCGCCCCUAUUCAUUAAAAGCCUUUUACCGAGGCGGUGGAGGGCCAGCACGGGCUGGAUGACUCUGGAGGGCCCCUCCCUUUGCAAUCCUCGGCUCUUCCAAGCCAACAAACCCCAUUUAUCACCAGCUAGUUCCAGAAAGGCCCUAAAUCCAGAGGAGGCAGCCGCAUGGCAGCUGGGUGCAGCAAAGCACAGCGUGGCUCCACCCCACUCAAAUGAAGCACUGACUCCGGGAUCUGUUAAGACAGCCCACUCCUAACACCAACCCACACUUCCCAGGCCCGGGAAGCGCUCCCAUUUCAGCACCCACGAGAAACCCGAGGGGGUUCCCCCAGACUUCCGUCUCCAUCACUUUAAAAUCACUUCCUUAUGCAAACAGCAGCCGGUGAACUGCAACGCGGCUGCUUUUAUUGUUGCUUCUCUCGCCCACUGGCAAUUCUUGUCAAGCAGCCCAAUAACAGGGGCUUUGCUGCUGACUGCAGAUAACUCAGUGCGUUUGAUGCAUCUGCCGGCAAAUGGGCUUCUUAAUUAUUUAGGAGGCAAUGCAUGUAAAGCACAGCCUGAGCAGUGAUUGGGGCGGGGGGGGGGGGGCUGUUUGUAUGUGAGAUUAGCCUAGGCAAAAACAAUCUUCAAGGUCUUCACACCUAAAGAUCGGUGCUGGGCUUCCCCCAGGUAAUUCACUGAGCAGCUCCCACUGAAUAUGGGGAGGUUUGGAUACCAGAUUCCCCACAAAGUCCCAGUCUUGGGCAGCUGCCUGUUUUUCAGAUCUCCCACUGGGUUCUGAGGUGCUAGGUUUGGAGCCCUUCCCUCCCCGCCCCCAUCCCAGCUCACCCGCCUGUAAGAGUUCUGGGUGAAGCGGUUACAUUUGUGAAACAAAGAGCCGCUGUGUGAUUCGUCUUUCUGAGACAUGGUUGUGCAGCCGCAAAGGGCAGUGGAGGGGAGAGCAGCCGCUUCAAGAAGUCAAACGCGCCCAGACGAGCGGCUGGCAGGUGGUUUGCUGAUGCCCCACAUUCUGAAUUCUCUCUCAGUCUGACCUUACCCUCGUUUUAAGAUGUGUUCAGAGGAAGGCCACAGUCCCCCAAGGCUCCUCCAGCCCUGUUGUCCAUGCGUCAGGAUUGUAAGUGUGUCAGUUCCAGCUCUGUGUAACACUCUCCCCUUGCACAAGCAUCUCACGACUAGCAGGUUGCUGGGUCAGAUGUGCUGCAGUUGGGAGUCUUGGUCGCUGCCCUGAAGCGAUGCACAGUGCGAGUCUCUCUUGCCCAUCUGCUUGGGUGCAGGAAUCAAUACAGAGAAGCCUUCUGGCCUGUGUGAUACAGGAGGUCAGACUAGGUGAUUGAAAUGGUCCCUUCUGGCCUCAGAAUCUACACCUGGCCUAGCCCGAGGGACAUCCGGUUUGUCACUCUGGGGAACAGCAAGCAGGAACCCUCAGCAAAAGGACAUUUCCCCACUGGAGCACAUCCUACAGCAAUGUCAAUGCAGCGUGCCCACGGUGCACACACAGCCUGGGCACCUCAGUCUGGCACUGCAGCUGGCCACAGCUCAGAAUAGCGGACACGACUCCUAACCGCUCCGCCACUGACUCAUUCUGCAACCGUGGGCGAGUCGUUUAAUCCUCUCUAGGCUUCACUUCCCCAAGCUGUACAAAGGGGCUAAUCGUCCCCCAGGGGCACUGUGGCAUGCUUGGUGAUCCGCAAGGGACAUGGCUCUGGCCGGGCACAAGUGUCAGAACACCUCACCCAUGAAUGUGAUUUACCAGAAGGAACAAAAGGUUUAUGUUCCCAGCAAUGCCCUGCACCCGUGAGCAGGCAAUGACCCAGCCUAGCAAUCCCAUUGCAUAGGCCCUUGUGGCACAAAUCCUUUAGCAGCUCCAUGUUGGGCCUGCAUUAGUGUGACCAUGGGAUGCUCCGAUUGAAUCCUGGAAUCAGGUGAGGGGACCCAGCUGGGAUUAACCUGCCAAGGGAGCUGCAGCUGGGUGACUGAUGGUGACCCAGCCCCCUCCCCCGUCAGGGCUGGAGAGAUCAGCUUCUCUGCCUCUGAGGACCUGGGUUAUUUUUAGUUUUGGAGCUGGUCUGUUUACACUUCACAGCUAGGGGGAAAGUUCCCAGUUUAAAGCCUCCGCCCUCCCCCUCCCUCCCCAGGAGGACAAUGGGCUGAGAGGAGGCAGUUAAAUGUGCAUAUUGGAAAAUGUUCAGAUACACACAAUAAAAGCAGAGCCUCCGGCGAGGUUUGCCAUCCCCUUUCCCGCA